AUGCCUUGUGCCAAGUGUGAAAAGGCAUUGUACGCCAAGGGCAAGUCGUCGCUCGCAUGUACGGACGUGUGGCGAGCCGCCGGCGCAGCAGGCGACCGCAACACCGAUCGCAAGAUCGGAGAGAACAAAUUACUCUCUUCCAAAGCCCGCUACUCGCCUUAUGCUCCGGCUGCAGCUGCGGGAACGGCGAGGGGAGCGGUCGCGGGGUCGUCCAAGGGCCUUGGGGGAGUGGUCGAUGGCAAGUCGACGUUCGGCAAGUGCGAGACAUGUAAAGUCACCGUCGCGAGAGCGGGUGCAAAGUUUUGUCAGAGGUGAGCUUGUCGUGAAUUACUACGGGGUCAUGCUGCGCUGGCAUACCGUCGGCCACGAUGGAAUCGAGGCUGACCUCUCGACUGUCCUUCAUGUACAACUUGGUCGCAGCUGUGCGUACAAGAAAGGCAUCUGCUCCAUAUGCUCGAAAAAGAUCCUCGAUACGAGUCAAUACAAGAUGUCGAGCAAAUGA